CGACCGCGACCGCGACGACUCGCCACAGCGCUCAGCACUCCAAAUCAAUCCGAAAGUGAGCUGAACCGACGGAGGUUUGAGCUCCCUGCGAUGAUGGGUUUUGCUAGACCGAAGCGCGGCAGUAACCUGCUCGACGACCAGGCCAAGGCUCGGCUCGUCCGCUCCGAUCUCCGCCGCCUCAGCUCCGACAGCAGCGGGAGCGAGCACGACGGCGAGGACGACUCCCCCUGCCUCUCCGAGCUCGUCCACGGCUUCCUCGAGGUCGAGCCGGAGGACUCCGCCGCGAACCGGCCCCCCGCGGACUGCGGCUCCGACUCCGACUCCGACUCGGACCGAGCCGCCUGGACGGACGCCAUCGCGGGCGUCCUCGAGGAGGCUCUCGUCCGCAAUGCGGAUUCGUAUCGGAGCCUUCUCCUCAGCCACGUCUCCGAAGCGAUCGAGGCGUUCUCGUGCCUGAAGUCGGACAAGCCCGCGCUGAGGCGCAAAGUGAUGUCGCACCUAAGGGAGAUCGGGUACAAUGCGGCCAUCUGCAAGACGAAGUGGGACUCCUCCGGCGGCCUAACCGCCGGGAGCUACGAGUUCAUCGACGUGGUCCGAUCGGAGCCGCCCGCGUGCGGCAGCCCGAGCCGGUACUUCGUCGACGUCGACUUCGACGGCCAUUUCGCGAUCGCGCGGCCGGCGCCCGAGUACUCGCGGCUGUUGCAGCGAGUCCCGAGGGUCUUCGUCGGCGGAAUCGAGGAUCUGAAGAGGACGGUGAGGGCGAUGUGCGACGCGGCGAGGCGGUCGCUCAAGAGCAGAGGCCUCUCCCUGCCCCCGUGGAGGAAGAACCGCUACAUGCAGAACAAGUGGCUCGCGCCGUACCGUCGGACUACGAACCCGUCGCCGGCGAGCACCUUUGCUCAGGCGGCGGCGGCGUCAUCGUCCUCCGCUGGCACCGCCGUGAAGUGCCGAUCGGUUGGGUUCGACCAACCCCUGAGCGGCCGUCUGUUUGUACGCACUAGAUAAACGAAUAAAAAAAAAAAUCUUUUUUGUGGGACUCUGUUAUUUUAACUUUUUCGGCCUUGCGUAAAAGAAAUGGAGGCGUUAAUCGAACUGUACGCGGCAAAUGCACAUCGGAUUGGUGGCGGCGAAACAGAAGGGCUGUGAAUCACGUGCGCACGGAAGUAUUUCGACUUCACUCGGACGCUUCCUCUCUGGGCGAUCUGAACCGCUCACUGCGCGAAGUCGUCGGGUUCCGUAAAUCGGACGGUGAAAGCCUCGUAAGUCGUGUCCAGAUGUGAUUUGAUGGGUGGUGUAGGAUGUGGAUAGGGAUGACGUGGACAGGGCCGAUGCGACGGGUGAUGGGUACAUUUAUGGUGGAGAUCCGAUCUUUUUUGUC